AUGAUGACUGCCCUGUUGCCGAUGUUCACGAUGUUUGAAUGGAACCGUGUUGCAAUUUACUACACUCCUAAUGAAGUACAGUUCUGCGAUACAAUGGUCGACGAUACAGUAACAGCAUUCAGUGACGACUCUUCGUACGUGGUUGAGAUUGUGCAGAAAGUUGCAUGGAAUGGUCAAGAUAGUGACUACUUAACAGAUCAGCUACUUCGCACCAAACGAUCUGCUAGAAUAAUUAUUGUCUGCAUGGACACAGCACAAACUCGGCGCGGAUUUAUGAAGAAGGUCUCGCUUAUGGAUAUGAUUUCGGAGGAAUAUGUGUACGUGAUGUUAGGUGUGCGCGGCCUUGGAUUCGGUAUGAUUUUUUUUCUGUGUUUUUCUCUUCCACAAUGA